AUGCCGCGACCCCCUUCCGACGACGGCUACGACUCGGACUCGGGCUCCGAGUUCGAGUCGUCUGACGUCCAGCUCGGCCUCGCCGACGGACCUCUCGAGGCCGAAGACGAAGCCAACCCGCUCGUCUCGCGCAUCGGCGGACGCCCCGCCUGGCUGCCCAUGAAGUCCACGCCCGCCAGCGACAUCGCACAGUGCGGCGUGUGCAAGCAGCAGAUGCAGCUGCUCGUCCAGAUCUUUGCGCCGCUAGUCGAGUCGGCCUACGACCGAUGCCUCAUGGUCUGGGGCUGCGCGCGACCCGCGUGCCAACGCAAGGACGUCUCUUCACUCAAGGUGAUCCGCACGCUCAAAUUCAACCGUCGCUGGGCGGCCAAACUGGAGAAGCAGAAGGCGCGGCGUGAGGCGCGCGAGCAGGCCAAGCGCGAGCGCGAGGCUGCCGCCGCCAAGGCCAAGCAGGAGCAGGAAGAGCGCGCCAAGCUCAACCCCUUUGCCGCGCCGGCUGCCGGUGCUGCGGGCGGUCUGGGCGGCAUGCUUUUCGGCAAUGCGGCCGACAACCCGUUUGCUGCGCCUGCUGCCGCGGCUCCCGCACCUGCGACCGAUGCAGCGGCGGCAUCUGCGGCAGACGAGUCCGACGAGGACUCGGCCGACGACGACGAAGAGUCCGAAUCCGAGAGCGAGAGCGAGCGAUUGGCGGAGGAGCUUGCGCUCAAGUCGGACCUAGCCGAGGCGGCGCCCGCGACAGGAUCGUGGGUCGAAGACGCGACGCGCUACCCGGCUUUGUACCUCAACACCGUGCCCGAGCCGUCGUCGUCGUCGGUUUCCAAGAAGCUGUCCAAGCAGGAGGCGGAGAUGCUCAAAGCGGCGUCGCAGUCGGGCGCCAUGGUGGACGUCGACGACGCGGACCUCAAAGGGUUUGCCAAGGAGGGCUACGAAAAGAUGCUGCUCGACGGCAUCGACGACACAUUUGAGCGCUUCCUCAAGCGCGUCCAGGUGGAGCCGAGGCAGGCGGUGCGCUACGAGUUUGCCGGCCAGCCCAUCGCCUUCCACGCCAAGGGCGCCGUGUACAACCUGCUCUGGCCCGCUCACAAGCCUGCUGCUGGCGAACGCGUGGCGGUGACCAAGGGUCAGUUUGGAGCCGGUGCGGCUGCUGCGCAGGGGGAGAGGGCGUUUAGCGCACGCGGUGUGCCGCCGUGUCCUGACUGCGGUGCCGAGCGCGUAUUCGAGGCGCAGCUCAUGCCGAAUUUGAUCAACCUGCUUCGUGCGCAUACGAUCCAGACUGCCGACGGAGCUGUGGACACCGAUUCGUCGCAGCAGUUGGGCGGCGAGGGGGAGGAGGACCGCAAGCGCGCGAUCGAGCAGGCGCUCGGCAGACGCAUCCCCACCGAGGGCAGCAAGGACUCGGCGCCGCUCGACUCGAGGUCCGGGCUGGUGUGGAGCACGGCGUUCGUCUUUGUGUGCAGCAAGGACUGCGUCGUCCCGCCCAACGACGCCGACGAGUGUGCCAAGCAGGAACUCAUCCUCGCCCAGUUCGAAGACGAAGCCUAG